CGAAAUGGGGGCCUUCAUGCCCAACCUGCCCUCCUCCAUGAGGAAGCCCCCACCCCAGGAGAAAGCCGCUGUCACCCUGGAAGAGUUCCUGGACAUCGUCCCUGAAAUGAACGUGACCAGCCGGGUGCUCUCCGUCCUCUGGGUCCUGCGCAACGAGGCCUUCGACAUGAGACCGCUGGGCUACUACGACGAGGAACACUUUGUGGAGGAGGCCCCGCAGCAGCUCAUAAGGGCUUUCCAGGAGCAGCUUGCGUGCAUCUCGAAGGCGAUCGAGAGGAGGAACGAGUCCCUAACGCUGCCCUACACCUACCUCUAUCCACCCAACAUCGAAAACAGCACGACCAUAUAGGGCCCUGUACUGGCAGCCUACGCGUGUUCCUAGUCCUCAGUUUUCAACCCUGCCUGUUUUCUUCUAAAAUGGGGAGACCGGAGCAGCUCCCCCGUUCCACCGGAGAUCCAGGGGUGCCUCCGGGAACCCUCGGUGCAACAGAAGAGGCGGAGGAGCCAUGAGCCCCCCGAAGAACCGGUCCAACUCUUCAGCCUGCAGGAUGGAGGCCUCAGCCGAAGAGCCUUCCCCAACUCGGUGCACGUCAGAUGUGCUGGACCUCAAAUCCCAUCAUCCCCGGAGAGCAGAAGCUGCAGACCGCUCCCUCCCCCAUGAACGCAGAGGCGACUGUUUGGGAAAGUCUGCUGUAAAUCGUUCGGUGACAGGAUGCCAGGGCGCGUUUGGAGCUGCAAAUGCCAAGCGCUGGGGGUUUUCCCUAAGGAAAUGGAUCCCGUUUUAAGCAAUGGGGCAGGACUUUCCCCUUAGAAGAAAUGCUGAACUUCCAGUCUGUAUUUUAUGCUGACGUGUCCCUCUGAGGGUGACAAGAUCUGAUAAUACAAAACCCAUGUGUCACUUUGCCCUCGGGUUUCUU